CAGAGCCACACGGUAGGGCAACGGAGAAAAAGGGCCCAGAGCUGCUGGGGCUGUGGAGCAACUUUGUGACAAAGGUCAAGCGUGAAGAUCAGGAAGGUUGGAUUGCCCUUCAUGGCCUAAUCCAUUGCACAACGUGCAGAUCGCACAACAACUUCUCAGUCCUUCGUCACUAUGCAGGGACAUAAGUAUAUAAACAGCUCCGGAUUUUCCCACCACUGAACCAAAAUCCUCAUUCGGUCUUUGAGCCAUCAACUCAACCUAGUCUCAACUCAACCGGCAAGCCAAUAGGCCACCACCGACGACGAAAUGGAUGAGAAUGAGGCGGUUCGUAUCCUUCUCGCAAUGAGCAGAUCAGACACAACUACCCUCCCCAUUGACGUCGCUGCACCGCAAACGAGCACUGAAGAGCAAUCGAUCGCGCAGGCGCCCAAUGCAUCACCUGGUUCCCAAUCAACACUCACUGCGCCGAGUGAAGAUGGUACUCUGAGCGUCGACAGCGAUACCUCAGAUCAUCAGCAUUCGAGAGUAACUGCACGAACAGCCAACGAUAUCAGUGCCGCUAAGAGCUUGAUCGCUCUCAGUCAAAAGGAAUUUGUGCACAAUAAACCUCCUAGUCCUAGUCGUCCGGUCGCAGUCACUUUUACACAGCCUGUUGUCCCAGAUGCGAAUCAGCCAAUAUCUAUAACAAACCAUUCUAUAGUUGCAACACAUCAGGCUGUGGCUCCGGUCAAGAAGCUCACACUGAAGCAGUACAUGGCGAAGAAGAAACUCUCCAAGCAAGGAAAGUGAGGGCGAUAAAGGACGAGGGUUUUCUUGAUCGAGAGUCGAAUGUUACUGUCCGGUGUGGGUGCAUAGUGUCGCUG